CUCCCCUCCUCCUCCCCCCGUGCGCUGCGCGGCGCUGGCGCGAUGGCGGCCGGAGACGGGGGAGACGAGGUGCGGGUGCUGCAGAACCUGCGGGGGAAAAUCUAUGAUGCCAAACACUUAGUACCCAACAAAAUGAGAGACUUUUUCUGCACCAUAAACUUGGACCAAGAAGAAGUUUUUCGUACACAGGUAGUUGAAAAAUCUUUAAGCCCUUAUUUUGGAGAAGAGUUUUACUUUGAGAUUCCAAGGUCAUUCCAGUGGUUGUCCUUCUACAUUUAUGAUAAAAGUGUUUUACAAAAAGACCUGCGCAUAGGAAAGGUGUCAAUCAAAAAAGAAGAUUUAUGCAACUACACAGGAAAAGAGAACUGGUUUAUGCUUCAACCUAUUGAUUCUAAUUCAGAGGUUCAGGGAAAAGUACACCUUGAAUUAAAACUGAAUGAACUGAUAACAGAUAAUGGAUCUGUGUGCCAGCAACUUGUAGUACACCUAAAGGAGUGCCAUGGGUUGCCUCUUAUAAAUGGACAGAAUUGUGACCCUUACGCAACAGUCUCUCUUGUGGGGCCUUCCAGGAAUGACCAAAAGAAGACCAAAGUAAAGAAGAAAACAAGUAAUCCACAGUUCAACGAAACAUUUUAUUUUGAGGUAACCAGAUCCAGCAGUUACACCAAAAAGUCCCAGUUUCAAGUGGAAGAAGAAGAUAUUGAGAAAUUAGAAGUCAGGGUUGACCUAUGGAAUAAUGGAAACUUGGUACAAGACGUCUUUCUAGGAGAAAUUAAAGUUCCUGUGAAGGUGUUAAGAAAUGAUUCCUUUCAAGCAUGGUACUUACUUCAACCAAGAGAAAAUGGAAACAAGUCUUCUAAAGCUGAUGAUUUGGGAUCACUUAGGUUACAUAUCUGUUAUACUGAAGACUACGUACUUCCAUCUGAAUGCUACAUAUCUCUAAGAAACUUGCUGCUAAAAUCAUCAGAUGUUCAGCCGAUUUCUGCAUCUGCUGCCUACAUAUUGAGUGAAGUUUGUCGAGACAAGUACGAUGCUGUGCUGCCUCUUGUGCGAUUAUUGCUACACCACCAUAAGCUAGUUCCUUUUGUUGCUGCAGUGGCAGAGCUAGAUCUGAAGGACACUCAAGAAGCAAACACAGUCUUCAGAGGCAAUUCAUUAGCAACUCGAUGUGUAGAUGAGAUGAUGAAAAUAGUGGGGAAGCACUACCUAAAGGUUACUUUGAAACAUGUUAUUGAUGAGAUAUGUGAGUCUCCUAAGCCCUGUGAAAUAGAUCCCGUCAAAUUAAGAGAAGGGGACAAUGUUGAAAUCAAUAUGGAAAAUCUACGCUAUUAUGUAGACAAAGUAUUCCGUGAAAUUGUGCGGUCAAGUAUAAGUUGUCCUACCCUAAUGUGUGAUGUUUUUUAUUCUUUGAGGCAUCUGGCUGCCAAAAGAUUUCCAAAUGACCCUCAUGUACAGUAUUCUGCAGUGAGCAGCUUUGUGUUUCUUCGUUUCUUUGCUGUAGCCGUAGUCUCACCUCAUACUUUUCAUUUACGACCUCACCAUCCAGAUGCACAGACUUGUAGAACAUUAACUCUUAUAUCAAAAGCCAUCCAGACUUUGGGGAGCUGGGGAAGUUUGACCAAAAGCAAACUUUCAAGUUUCAAGGAGACGUUUAUGUGUGAGUUUUUCAAAACAUUUCAAGAAGAAAAAUUUACUGAAUCUGUUAAAAAGUUCCUAGAUGAUGUUUCCUCUACUGAAAGUAAAGAGCCCAGUGGUCUGAGCGAACCAGUGCAUCUAAAAGAAGGAGAAAUGUACAAAAGAGCUCAGGGAAGGACUCGGAUUGGUAAAAAGAAUUUUAAGAAGCGAUGGUUCUGUCUAACAAGUCGAGAGUUUACCUACCACAAACAGCAAGAUAAAGAACCAAUUUUCACUAUUCCAAUCAAAAACAUCCUUGCAGUGGAGAAACUUGAUGAGAACUCCUUCAACAAAAAAAAUAUGUUUCAGGUACUACAUGGAGAAAAGCCACUCUAUAUCCAAGCAAAUAACUGUGUAGAAGCUAGUGAGUGGAUAGAAGCUCUUUGCCGAGUAACAAGAUGCAACCAGAAGAGGCUCAGUUUUUACCAUCCUUCUGCUUUUCUGAAUGGGAAUUGGCUUUGCUGCAAGGCUACAAUAGAGAACACUGUGGGCUGUGCUCGUUGCACUGCAGGUGUUCCUGCUGAUACUCAAAUUGAAAUUGAUGGGGACAGAGAGACAGAAAGGAUUUACUCACUUUUCACUAUCAACAUGUCUAAACUACAGAAGUUGGAAGAGGCUUGCGGAAGUAUAGCAGUCUAUCAAGGUCCCCGGAAAGAACCAGAUGAUUAUUCUAACUUCACAAUUGAAGAUUCUGUAGCAACUUUUCACACACUUCAACAGAUAAUAGAAAUAGUAGAAAAACUGAAUGAAUCGCAUGAAAAAUACCAAAAGAAGAGGUCAUCCAGUGCUAAAUAUGGUAGUGAAGAAAAUCCAAUUGUUGGAAAAGUUUCCUAGCCA